GCCCGAGCUGACGGGCGGCGGCCUCACUCGGACCCGGGCACUCCGUGCGCUGCGCACCAUUGGUCUCUGAGGUACUUAGAAAGAUUGUACAAUGAAUGGUGAUACUCGGGCUGCAGUGGUGACCUCACCACCCCCGACCACAGCGCCUCAUAAGGAGAGGUACUUCGACAGGGUGGAUGAGAACAAUCCAGAAUACCUGCGGGAGAGGAACAUGGCACCAGACCUUCGUCAGGACUUCAAUAUGAUGGAGCAGAAGAAGAGGGUAUCCAUGAUUCUGCAAAGUCCUGCUUUCUGUGAAGAACUGGAAUCAAUGAUACAGGAACAAUUUAAGAAGGGGAAGAAUCCCACAGGCCUAUUGGCAUUACAGCAGAUUGCAGAUUUUAUGACCACGAAUGUACCGAAUGUCUACCCAGCAGCUCCACAAGGAGGGAUGGCUGCCUUAAACAUGAGUCUUGGUAUGGUGACUCCUGUGAACGACCUUAGAGGAUCUGAUUCGAUUGCAUAUGACAAAGGGGAGAAGUUAUUGCGAUGUAAAUUGGCAGCAUUUUACAGACUAGCAGAUCUCUUUGGGUGGUCUCAGCUUAUCUACAAUCAUAUCACAUCCAGAGUGAGCUCCGAGUUGGAACACUUCCUCAUUGUACCUUUUGGGCUGCUUUACAGUGAAGUGACUGCAUCCAGUUUGGUUAAGAUCAAUCUACAAGGAGAUAUAGUAGAUCGUGGAAGCACUAAUCUCGGAGUAAAUCAAGCUGGCUUCACAUUACAUUCUGCAAUUUAUGCUGCACGACCAGAUGUGAAGUGUAUUGUGCACAUUCACACACCUGCAGGGGCCGCGGUCUCUGCGAUGAAAUGUGGCCUCCUGCCAAUCUCCCCAGAGGCACUUUCCCUUGGAGAAGUGGCUUAUCAUGACUAUCAUGGCAUUCUGGUUGAUGAGGAGGAAAAGGUUUUGAUUCAGAAAAAUUUGGGGCCUAAAAGCAAGGUUCUUAUUCUCCGGAAUCAUGGGCUCGUAUCAGUGGGAGAGAGCGUCGAGGAGGCCUUCUAUUACAUCCAUAACCUUGUGGUUGCAUGUGAGAUCCAGGUUCGAACUCUGGCCAGCGCUGGAGGACCUGACAACUUAGUCCUGUUGGAUCCUGGGAAGUACAAAGCCAAAUCCCGUUCCCCUGGGUCUCCGGAAGGCGAAGGCACUGGAUCGCCUCCCAAGUGGCAGAUUGGCGAGCAGGAAUUCGAAGCCCUCAUGCGGAUGCUUGAUAAUCUGGGCUACAGAACUGGCUACCCUUAUCGAUACCCUGCUCUGAGAGAGAAAUCUAAAAAAUACAGCGAUGUGGAGGUUCCUGCUAGUGUCACAGGUUACUCCUUUGCUAGUGAUGGUGAUUCGGGCACUUGCUCCCCUCUCAGACACAGUUUUCAGAAGCAGCAGCGAGAGAAGACAAGAUGGCUGAACUCUGGCCGGGGCGACGAAGCUUCCGAGGAAGGGCAGGAUGGAAGCAGUCCCAAGUCGAAGACUAAGUGGACUAAAGAGGAUGGACAUAGAACUUCCACCUCUGCUGUCCCUAACCUGUUUGUUCCAUUGAACACUAACCCAAAAGAGGUCCAGGAGAUGAGGAACAAGAUCCGAGAGCAGAACUUACAGGACAUUAAGACGGCUGGCCCUCAGUCCCAGGUUCUGUGUGGUGUAGUGAUGGACAGGAGCCUCGUCCAGGGGGAGCUGGUGACGGCCUCCAAGGCCAUCAUUGAGAAGGAGUACCAGCCCCACGCCAUCGUGAGCACCACGGGCCCCAACCCCUUCAACACACUCACAGACCGUGAGCUGGAGGAGUACCGCAGGGAAGUGGAGCGGAAGCAGAAGGGCUCCGAAGAGAACCUGGACGAGACUAGAGAAGAGAAAGAGAAGAGUCCUCCAGACCAGCCCGCCGCCCCCCACACCCCUCCCAGCACUCCCAUCAAGCUUGAAGAAGACCUUCCACAGGAGCCGACUUCUGGAGAUGACAGCGAUGCUGCCACUUUCAAGCCGACUCUCCCUGACUUGUCCCCUGAUGAGCCUUCAGAAGUGCUUGGCUUCCCGACAUUAGAGGAGGAGGAGGAGGAGGAAGCCUGUGGACUCCCAAGCCCCACCAAGCCCCCCACUGUGGCCUCCACAGCCCCAGCGGCUGAAGAGGCUGCCUCCCCAGCUGCUGAGGAGGGGGCUGUCAUAGACCCUGGCAGUGAUGGGUCUCCAGGCAAGUCCCCAUCCAAAAAGAAGAAGAAGUUCCGCACCCCUUCCUUUUUGAAGAAGAGCAAGAAGAAGAGUGACUCCUGAAGGCCUGCCCUGCACUAACACUGUCGUGUCUGAAGUGACCCUGGCUCCGCCAGAGUCCCUGAUUGCGUCUCGUGCUCUGUCCUCUUGUGUAAUGGAAUGCAAAAAGCCAAGCCCUCCGCCUAGCUAGAACUCCCUUCUCACGCGUGACAGCCCCGUACAGACCGGUGCUAGCCGACUGUGUGCUCAGCAGCCCCCGGCCCACCCCUGUGGGCCUCGGCCUCAGGUUCUGGGGGAG